UAUGGUUGUCCUUGAGGUGUGUCUCUGGUUACUAAUUCAUUUCCUCCUUUCUUGUUACUUUUCUGCAUGCUGAAUUUCACUGGUGCUGUGAAACAUAUAUAAGAAAGAAAGAAAGAAAAAUAGUCAUGGCGCUGCCUGCAAGCACUCUGCAACCUGUCACCCACAUCAUCUUUGACAUGGACGGCCUACUGCUCGAUACUGAACGGCUUUACAGUGUAGUGUUUAAAGAAAUCUGUGGCCGAUUUGGAAAAGAAUACACAUGGGAUGUGAAAGCCAUGGUCAUGGGAGAAAAAGCUUUACCGGCAGCACAAAUUAUCCGUGAUGUUCUUGACCUUCCUAUUACUGCUGAAGAAUUACUGAAUGAAAGUAAAAUUAAGCAAGAAAAUAUAUUUCCUUCUGCAUCCUUAAUGCCAGGGGUUGAAAAGUUAAUCUACCAUCUGAAUAAGCACAACAUCCCAGUGGCUGUUGCCACCAGCUCAUCCAGAGUGACAUUUGAAAUGAAAACAAGUAGGCACAAAGACUUCUUCAAAUUAUUCCAUCAUAUUGUGUUAGGAGAUGACCCAGAAGUGAAAAAUGGCAAACCACAGCCUGAUGCUUUUCUUGUUUGUGCAAAAAGGUUUAACCCCUCUCCAAGCUUAGAAAAGUGUCUUGUGUUUGAAGAUGCUCCUAAUGGUGUUGAAGCAGGAUUGGCAGCUGGAAUGCAAGUAGUCAUGAUUCCAGAUGAAAAUCUAAAUCAAGAUUUAACAAGAAGAGCUACUCUUCUGCUGAAAUCGAUGGAAGAAUUUAAACCAGAAUUGUUUGGUUUGCCAGCCUAUGACUAGUUACUACUCGUUAGUUGCUGAUGUAAUUGCAUUUUUGUCAAGUAAAUAAAAUAAAGAUGUUAAUUAA